AACCAGGAACUGACAAAUGAACAAAUAGUUUCAGUUUUAAUUCGAAUUGAAAAUAAAGUGUAAAUUCUGUUGGAGAUAUGGCUGAAUAUAGCUUUGGACAAAAUUUAGCUCGAUUAUUUUUAGUGAUUUUCAAUCUUAUUUUUGUGAUUGUUGGCUUAGCUCUGAUUGUCGUGGGUGGACUAUUGAAAGCUGGAGCGGAAUUUCUGGAUGCACUAGGAAGCUUUGUCAAAGAAAUCCCGGGUUUAGGAAAUAUUGCCAUUGUAAUUAUUGUUUUUGGAGUUGUGAUUUUCCUGAUUGGUAUAUUUGGUACCUGUGGAUCAUGCUGCAGUGUGAGAUGUAUGCUGAUAUUGUAUGCUGUGUUAUUGAUGAUUAUAACCCUAGCUGAGAUAGUUCUGGUAGCACUUUUAUUUUCUGGAAAGUUGGAUAAAUUAGUUACUGUCGGGUUCUCAAACUUAUCAAAGAAGUACAAAAUGCCGACUAACCUCAAUGCGAUCGAUUCGAAAGAUAUCGUUAGUAGGUUGAUUGAUGCCGUUUUCAUUAGUUUGAAGUGUUGUGACACUGAGAAUGUACCAGGAGCAAGCCCAAUCAAAAUUCCACCGUCUUGUUGUGUGGGAUUAACCCAAAAAGUGCUAGAAUCUGGUGAUCUGAGGGGUUAUCAGGAAUGUUCUGAUAAUCCGUCAGCUACAAACUCCUAUAUGGACAAGAGUUGUGGUGUAGCAUUAAUUGACUUGAUGAGAAACAAUCAAGCAUACGUCAUUGGUAUUGGUGUAGCUCUACUAGUGAUUGAGCUUUUGUGUAUAGCCUUUUCUUUGUGGAUUUGUAGCCAGAUCAACAAGAAAAAUAGAGUAUCUUCGAUUUAAAUAAUGAGACGAAACACACAGUAGAGGCAGUAGAAAGAUUGAAUUUGACUUUGGUUGGACAAUUGAUUUAGUGAUUUGAGAAACAAUUCGUUAUCUUAUCUUGAUUUAAAUUUAAAAUGUUUGUGACUGUUGCAUUUUUCGUUGCAGUUAUCUUCCAGAAGAAGUUUUAAUAUUCGGUUUUGAAUAUUUUUUAUUAAUCCGUCCUAUCUAAGCUUUUUUUUUAUUUCAUUUACAAAAAUGUCUGUUAUUCAGAAAUCCGUCCAAUUUUAGAACGUAUUAGUUAUAUUAGGAUGCACAUUUGGUGUUAAUUUAUUCUCUUUUUAUAUACAAGAUUGGUAUUUCUGAUUCAGUGAUUGAAAUCAUCAAGCUUAAACCCAUGCUAUGUUUUUUUCUUCAUCAUAUUGUAGCAUAAUAGUAGUUUUGUUAACAACUUUAUUGGUCUUAUUUAAAGCGUUUUUGAUUAGAAAUAUAAACUGUUAUUGAAAAUAUUUUUGUUUAUCUUAUUCAUAGAUGAAUGUUAUGUUAAAAUAUGAAUGUUGAAAAACUUUAUAACCAUUAUGACAUGAAAUGAAACAACUCUUCAACAAGAGACCAAAUGAUGUAAAGGUUGACAAAUAAAAGCCACUGCACGGCCUUCGACAAUGAGCAAAACUGAUACAUAGUACGAUACAAAAGGCCCGAAAAUAUCCAUGUAACUGUAAUUCGAACGUUUUUUGUGUGUAUUUUUGCUGACCAUGUUCUGAUUUUGUGUCAUGGAUGUAUACCCUAUAUCCUUUGUCUUUCUGUUAUGUAUUGUAUUGUUUUAUUCAAUCCGAACCGAAAUAAAGUUUAAUAAUUUUUU